AAUGUGCGCCGCGGCGGCCGCGCCGUUUGUUACAAGUUUCCCGUCGCGGCGGUCGGGAGGGACCCCGGGGUGGCGGCGCCCGGCGGCGGCAGCCGGGCGGAUGGGAUGCGGUGCCCGCCCGGGACUGGCCGGGUGGGAGCGCUGCCAUGAGCGGAGCCCGGCGCCUCGCCCGGGGGGCUCUGCCGUCCCGCAGUGAGCGCUCUGCGCCCCGCGUCUCUUGUCCCCUGCCGCACGCUGCCAGCUGGUACCUCCCUCCUCUCUGAAGCGUAGCUGGAGAGGGGGUGGAAGGCAGAGGAAGUUUGGUGUUUAAUUUUUUUCUUUAGGCUUUGGAGAGGGAUUCCCUGUGCCUCCCACCACGCAGGGCUGUAGGACAGAGUGCGGUGCCGGAGAGGGAAGGGGCACAGCUGGGAGCGGCUGUCCGGAGCCGGCCCCCCCGCCCGCCGCCUGUACCUGGGGUGCUGGAUGCGAGCUCUGCGGAACUCCUCCGAGCGUAGCAGCGGCUCGGCAGAUGUAGAUGCGUGCGUGUGUGUGUGUGUGCUUAACCCUUUCUUGGCUCCUCGCAUUUAUACCAUGCUGAAGAUCCUCACCAAAAAGCUCAGGAACCAGAGUUUGAACGAAAUUCAACCUUUCCAGCUAAAGAUCUCCUAUCCCCCAAGUGAUGAGGACAGCGAUGACUCUGAGGGAGAGAACCAGGAACUUGCUCAGAUCGACAGAGAGAGAAGACGGAAUUGUACCUUGACCCCUCUGGCCACCAACCAGCUCCAGAACCAGGAUAACCAAUGCUGCAAGGUUCGGGCCCUCUUCCAUGCCAACCUUGACCGCCACAGCUCAGAAGAGGAGCUGGAGCUCAUCAACCGUGAGUUUUCCGCAGAGAAGCGGAAGUGGUCCCAGGUCAGCAGGCUUGCCUGCUGCAGCGACGGCAACAACACCUCCUCCAGUGACGAAGAAGUGAAGAACUUGUGCGCCAUGUCCUUCCGGCCUGUGGCAGAGCAGGCCGAUGGCCUGCAUGCCAGCCCAAGCCCCGUGCUGUUCAGUGCCUCCCCUCCCAAGAGACUCCAGCCCCUGGUGCGGAGCCCAGCCUCCAGACCUUUAAUCUUCACAAGCGUUGGGGCGGGCCUUGAGCAAGUCAUGCCCUGUAAGAGACAUCGACAAGGAUAUGGGGAUAAGGUCAGGAGGCCCAGCCUUGACUUGGAAAAAAUGCAGCAGAUGCUGCUCAAGAAGAAUUGUGGAGCGAAGACUAGAGUAAUUAAAAUUCAUAGCAUCAAUGGAGGCUGCCCGCCACCCCACUUUAUGUAUGAUCCAUCUACCUUUGCCUUCCGUUCCCUCAGCACCUUGAAGCCGCUGAGCCCAAUAGCUCCAGUGGAAGAACCGUCAUGUGCCUACUGAAGGAGUUUCUCCAGAAAACCUCAGGAACUAUCAACCAACCUCCUGCCUGGCAGGGAGAAGGGGAGGUGGUGACGCCCAAGGGGAGGGGUGGGAGAAGAAAGGGCCAAUGAUACAUCUUUGCAAUGCAGCCGCUCUGGCAGGAAGAAGCUUUGCAUCAGCACCUGCUUUCUUACCAUUGCCACAUGAGAACAGUGGCAAAGGGAGUAAGUUUUGUCUUUCAGGGCAAAACAAACCAGUCAGAUCCACAAACUGUAAGGAGAGCCGCCAAGGCAGUGUUAAAUAUGAGAAUGGUAGUAAUGAAGUAUGAGAGAUUCAGGGCUUAGUAUGUCCUGCAUGGCAGCAGGGAUGAGUAAUCAAGGUGUGAAACCAAGUCCAAUCAGUUUUUUCCAAAGAUACCCGAGUUACAGUGCUUUGCUAUAGACCUGACACUUCUACUCCAAAGUGAGCUCAGGACUGGAGAAAGAGGCUAUACAGGGCUGCUUGCAAAACAAGAAGAUCCCUCUCUGAUAUGGUUAUCAUUGCAUUCACAUCAAGCUCUCUUAAGUGAAAAAUCCUAUGACAGGGAGAUGUGUGGAGGGGUAACUGGCACAUUUAACUGCGUGUUCCAGGUGGUCUGCUGUAAUUCAGUGAUAUUGUCAAAAAAGGGAUUGAAAUGGGAGGCAUGAGCCUCCCACUUGUAGAUCAGGGGUUAGAAUAAAAUUCUAGAAUGAGAGGUCUGAGUCCAACCAUCCAGGAAAACACAGUGCCUACCCUCAGUCCUCUCAGCAGAAGAGAAGAACUUGGGGGUGACUGUGUGCUCUUGGGUCUUCCCUCUGCUGAGGCUGUCUGUGUUCUGGCAUAAGCAGCACUUCCCCGUAGCAUUGUCCCAAUACCCUGCUGCCCUAACAUGUUUCUGAAGGUAACUGGUACCAUCAAACCCAACCCAAUUUAAUGUCUCCAGCAAGCUUUCCACUCCCCUUGUUCAUAGUAGCUAUUAAAUUCAUGUGGACUCUUCUGGUAUCAGUGGAACUAGUAUUCCCAGAUGUGGGGAAAAAGAGGUUUGUUUAGUGGCUGUCUGCUGGUGGAAGAAACAGGAGGGGAUUUUGGGUGAACCUGUGGGUUGUUUCUCCAUAGACAGUUCUGAUGCAGUCAGGACCAUGCCUGGCCUUGCUACCACUGGUAUUUGACUGGGAUCUGUUCUUGAGGCACAUAUGUGUUUUGUGCCACAAGGCAAGAGUUAAUGAAACAAACUCUUGCCUCUCCUGUUGAAGCAGAGGUACAAGGCAUUUCCCUUUCCUGCACCUGGUGGAGAGAGUAACCUCUUUGUCUAGUCAUUCCCCACCAUGAACCUGUAUCUGAGUGGAAGAGGAAGCAAGCAGUUUACUACUUGUCUGGAUCAAGAGAAGCAACUGUGAAUAAUACAAAAUAAUUUUUGUUUUUAACUCUGCUCCAGUGUGGAGGUCUUUGAUGCUGCUCUUUGGAUGAGACCAAUGGUCAGUCCAGCUGCCAGUAGGAGGCCACACAGUGAACCAGCUUUCACUGGUACUGUCUGAGCCCUUCACUGAGAUCCUUGGGGGAAAGCCCAAAGGCUGUAGAUUUGGGGACCUGAAUCCCCCACCCCACCCUCCUAUGUCCCUAACCGCCUCUCAUUCAGGCAGGCAGAGCAGCUGGGCAAAGUGGUGAGAGGAUGUCAGUCCUGAUGCUGCCCCAGCUCAGCCUGCUUUUUGGCUCUAGACUGUUAUAGCUGGGCCACCCGCUGCACCAGCACCACCUCCAAGAGGUCGCUUGUGUUUACUGGUGAGGAACCUCUGGCAGAGCAUUGUGGUUCCCUGCAAGUCCCUUUUUUCAAGAGAGGCUGAUUCCUCUGCUGAUUCUUCCUGCCCUGUAGAAACUCUGCUUAUCUUGUUUUGACGACACAGCUCAGCUUUUUAACUGCUGCCAGAUCAGUGCAGGACAGGAAGCAUUGCCCCUUUGGACCAAAUUCCUGUGCUCAGGAGCUGGGACAGCCGUAGCCUGGUACCUGUCUGAGAGGUGCAUUAUCCAUGCAGAUGGCUGGGGCAGCAGCCCCUGCAUGGCCCUGCAGCCCCAGGCUUUGCUCAGCGAGAGCUGCCGAGGUGCAGGGGCCCAGAGGUGCGUUUCUGCCAGCCCACAGGUGUGGCAGGCUGCCUUGCCCUGGGUGGGAGCAGGAAACAGGGAUAUCCUGCCAAUAUUGUUGCCUUUUAGUACUUUUGUAACUUUUCUCUGUCUCUUCUUUUUCAAGCAGAAGGAAAAAUAAUAAAAAAAACCAAACAAACCACAAAACAAUGAAAUAAAGUGUGACAGCUGCUAUAUUCACACCUCU